GAAUGAUGUCUCCCCCACAUCCACCUUCCUUCCCAACCCCCUAGUGCUUACACCUUAAAUCCGCGCUUGGUCAUCCCCCGUUCGGAAGGGCAUCCGGGUGCUUUAAACUUCCAACUCUAGGUAUCUACACUGGGCACACCUCUUUACAAACAGACUUCGCCAUUCCAACGCCGUGAACCUCACCACCAAAACCAAGUCAUAAUAGACCCGGCGACAUGGCAUCCCGGCUCUUUUUCGACCCCGUCGUAGCUCUCCGCGCCGCACCGCUAGUCUCGGCGACAUGCACGCUCCUGUACGCCCGCGACCAGGACUUCUUCCUCCGCAUCUUCAACGAGCCCGGGAACCGAGAAAAAAGUCGCGCCCUCCUCCCCUCGUACUGGAGAAUCUUCUUCCGCCGCGGCGUCGUUGUGGUCGUUGGCUGCUUGGCCGCGACCUUCUGGUCCUCGAUCGCCAACCUCUUCGUCCGCCGCCGUGCUUUGGAGGCCACGCAGUCCUUUUGGUGGUACGUCGCCGGUGCGGCCCUCGCGGCUGGCCACUUGCUCUUUAUACCUGCGGUCGCGCCGUCCGUCAGGGCGAUCUCGAAUGCGGAUAAGGACGGUACCGAUCCUAACUCUGCGCUGGAUGGGUGGCUGGUGAUCAACCGGUUCCGCAUGUGGACCGUUGACAUUGCGGCUUGGGCGGCGUGUGCUGUUGCUGUGACGAGAACAUUGGAGGCUUAAUCAGGAGGGUUUGGUGCUGGUGUGAGAAGAGGAAGCGGUUUUGGUAGGAUAUGCGUUGCUAAAGGUCGAUGGGCUCCAAGUAUAAGACUGACUUCAUGUCUAAUAAACCCCGAGCAUAGAAUAGUACUUAAGUUUCUUAAGGCAUCAGAUUUCACUCUGAUUUAC